AUGAGUAACCCCGCCAAAGACAACUUCAACGUGUCCGACCUCGAUUCCUCCCUCCCAGCCGCCGCCGCUGCAUUGAGUGCGGAGGAUCGUGCUGGUUUAGUGAAUGCUCUCAAGGAUAAAUUACAAAAUUUGGCUGGGCAGCACACGGAUGUUCUUGAGAGACUGUCUCCGAUAGUCCGGAAGCGUGUUGAGGUUCUGAGGGAGAUCCAGAGUCAACAUGAUGAGCUAGAGGCAAAGUUUUUUGAGGAAAGAGCAGCACUGGAAGCUAAAUAUCAGAAACUUUAUGAGCCUCAAUACACAAAACGUUAUGAAAUUGUUAACGGUGUUGUUGAAGUUGAAGGAGUUACUGAAACCCCCAUGGAGCAGGGUGAGGACAAAUUAAAAGAAGCUAAAGGUGUGCCUGACUUCUGGCUUAUGGCAAUGAAGACUAAUGAAAUAUUGGCAGAAGAGAUCUCGGAGCGCGAUGAAGAGGCACUUAAAUAUCUCAAGGAUAUCAAGUGGUGUAGGAUUGAUAAUCCCAAGGGUUUUAAGCUUGACUUCUUCUUUGAUUCCUAUCCUUUUUUCAAGAAUUCUGUAUUGACGAAGACAUACCACAUGAUUGAUGUCAAUGAGACUAUAUUAGAGAAGGCAAUAGGGACGGAGAUUGAAUGGCAUCCAGGUAAAUGCUUGACACACAAGGUUUUAAAGAAAAAGCCAAAGAAGGGGUCGAAGAAUGUGAAACCUACAACAAAGACUGAAAAAUGUGAUAGUUUUUUCAACUUCUUUAAGCCUCCAGUGGUUCCUGAGAAUGAUGAUGACAUUGAUGAGGAUAUGGCUGAAGAACUCCAGAAUUUAAUGGAACAAGACUAUGACAUUGGCUCAACAAUUCGGGACAAAAUUAUACCUCAUGCUGUUUCAUGGUUUACUGGGGAGGCUGUCCAAGGAGAUGAACUCGACAUUGAAGAUGAUGAUGAGGAUGAUGAUGGCGACGACAAUGAGGAAGAUGAUGACGAGGAUGAAGAUGAUGACGACGACGAGGAUGAUGAUGAUGAUGAUGAAGAGGAGGAAGAGAAGGGGAAGAGUGCAAAGAAGUCUCCAGGAAAGAAGAAGGGUGGUAGAGCACGAGCCGGGGAAGGUCAACAGGGUGAACGUCCUCCAGAGUGCAAACAACAGUAA